UCGCAAGUGAGGUGGAUGUAUUUACGGGGAUUGUGCGAACAUGAAAACUACGUAACAGUAGCAGAAAGUUUCGUGAAUUACUGAAGUUGCUUGUUAAGAGAAACUCUAUCUAAGCGUGCUAAUCUGAUGUUUUCGCUGCUCUAAUACAACUGUGCGUGUAUAAUUUUAAGAUUGCUGUUCAAGAUGGAUUGUAGCUCUAUACGACACACAUUCUUGUUAAUUUUGCUCGUUUUAUUAAUAGAUCAAGGCGAUGGUAGGUGGAAAAAAUCGAAUAGAGAAAUGCUUCAGCACGAUAUAAAGUUGUUCAAAAAGAUGACGGAAAAAAUCAAAGAAGAACUUGGAGCAUAUUACGAUGAAUUUUCCGACGAACCAUUUACAGAUUAUUUUUUUGAAGAGAUCGAUUAUUUACAAAGUAAAAUUGAUAUGAAUAUGAAAAGAAAAACACAAACAGAGAAGCGUGUUAACUCAAACAUUGACAAUUAUAAACCACGUUACACUAAAAACACAUUGCAAGAUAUAAAAGCUUCAGUAAAAAAUGAUACGUUUGUAACAGCGGACACAAAUUUUGAGUGGCCUAGUUUUGAAGAUAUUUUAACAGAAAUGGGGAAAAAAUACGAUUGGAAAAAUGAUCGAUGGAUAAAAGUAAAGAAUAAAAUAAAGGAUAAAGAAAAACGUUUGCCUGCCAACUCUAAGAACAAUAUAGAACAUUUGAAACAUAAUUUUAGGUAUAAAAUUGUAAAACUAAAUAGGGCCAAAAGUAAAAGAAAUAUUGUAGUCGCUGUAACGGCUGUAAGAUAGAAAACAUACGUUGGUAUGGAGCUUAAGCUUAUUAUUGAGGGUUCUUGUAUUUCUUACACUUGAGGGGACCAAUGAGAUAAAGGUUAAAAAUGUAUUUAAAUGAAGUGAUUAAGUAAGUGUAUCAGAAAUAAUUUGUAAUGUUAUAAAACAAUCAUGCUA